AUGUCAGCAGCUCAUUCAACUCCGUUACAGAAUCAGUACCAGAAUACGGUCACGGAGAUACAGGACGUGCAGGAUCGCUUGCAGAAGCUGUAUGGUAAAGUGCGCACACUCACGGCACAGAAGAGCGAGAAUGAGCAAGUCAAGAAGGAGUUCGAUAUCCUUGAAGACGAUGGUGUGAUAUGGAAGCUCGUCGGCCCAAUAAUGGUACGACAGGAUAGGGAUGAAGCCGUGUCCAACGUCGAGAAACGUUUGGAGUUCAUCACCUCUGAUUUGGAUAAGAGUAACGAGACUGUCAAGGAGCUCGAAGAGAAACUACAGAAGAAGUCCGAUGAGCUGGAGGAACUCCAGCAGAAGUUCACAGCUAUGCAACAAGGGCAGAGUGCUGGACCUCAAGCCGCAGUCAACUAGUGUGUGUGACUAUUCGGUG